UCGUCCGCAUUUUCCUCCACGCCUCCUUCUUCAAGAACUCACUCCGAAUACCAGUUGGGGUUUCUUCGCCUCCAUAUCUGAGCAAGCUCAAUCUCCUUUUCAGCAACUCUCUCUGUCUCUCUCCUCUUCAUCCUCGAUCAUCCAUGGCGGAAAAGACUGAUUUUCACUCCCUUAACCCCCAGAUCUCCAAAGAUGUGCAUGGAAGUGACAAUUCAAUGCCACUUUCACCACAGUGGCUUCUUCCUAAGCCAGGGGAGAACAAGGCUGCAAAUGCUACUGUGGAUAAUCAUGUAGGCCAGUAUCAAGGGCAUGUGGCUCAUGCAGAUGUCAAAAAGACAUCUUUGAAUGGUGACGAAGCACAUGAGGCUCUCAAGAAAAAAAAUGUUUUCAGGCCAACAGUGUUUGAGGUGGGAUACGGUCGCGGUGAUCGCUGGCGCGAUGAGGAAAGAGACACAAACACGCCUGGUCGCAAGGAUCGCUGGAGAGAGACAGAUAAAGAACUUGUCGAUCCUCGUAAGGUGGAUAGAUGGGGGGAUAAUAACAAUCCUUCAGCAAAACAGCACUAUGGGGAAUCACGCCGAAAUCCGCCAGAGCGAUGGACUGACUCGACUAACAAAGAAACCAACUACGAGCAUCGUCGUGAGAGCAAAUGGAACACAAGCUGGGGCCCUGGCGAUAAGGAUACUGACAAUUCAAAUGAAAAGUCAUCAGACUCUGGAAUUGACAAAGGUUUGUCUCAUCAUAUAGAUGAUAAGAAGGAUUUGGACCAUAAUCAACCAUGGAGGUCUAGUAGUGUUCAUGGUCGAGGGACCAUAACACCAAGCAAACAAGGCCCUAAUUUUUCUUAUGGAAGGGGUCGUGGAGAUAAUUCAUUUUCUCAUGGACGAGGAAGGGUUGGCUCUAUUGGAACUACUGUGAAUAGGGAAGAAGACCACCCUUCACUGGUUCGAUAUAGUAGAAACAGACUUCUCGAUGUUUAUCGAAUGACAGACAUGAAUUCUCGCCCUAAAUUAUUAGAUGGUGGUGUUCCAAUUGCUUCUCUGACUCAGGAAGAGCCUAUAGGCCCUCUUGCCCUAUGCACACCUACUUCUGAUGAAUUGGCUAUUCUGAAGGGUAUUGGCAAUGGUGAUAUAGUAAGUAGUGGUGAACCACAGAUAUCUAAAGAUGGGUCCACUGGGAGAAAUUCAAAUGAUCCUGUGCAAGCAAGACAAGUGAAAUUUGGUAGCAGAGAAGAUUCGACCAUUCCUAGUGAUGAUAACAAGGGUGACAUGAUUGAUUCUUCAAAUGCGUCAAGAGAGGUCAGUGGAGAUUCCUAUGGGCGGGGAGUUUCUAAUAAUCGUCCUAUGGCAAUGUGGCGAUCUCCAUCAAUCGGGGAGCGUUCUAAUCCAGUUUUGAAUGAUAGGGUGGAGAAGCCUACUGAUAUUAGGCCGCAGACACUGAGAGACCCGAGCAAUGAGUGGACAAGGGGUUCAGCUGAUUCAUCACAUUCCAGAGAGCAGCCAAAAUGGCAGGUCAAUGACGGCUCAAAUAUGAGAAGGCAGACAUCUUUUGUGCUUGAUAUGGAGCAUGAAGCUCGAAGACAACCACAAAUUUCUCCAGAAGACCUUAAAUUCUAUUACAAAGAUCCUCAAGGUGCAAUUCAAGGCCCUUUUGCUGGAAGUGACAUAAUUGGAUGGUUUGAGGCUGGAUACUUUGGUAUUGAUUUGCUUGUCCGAGUUGCAAAUGCACCACCCGACUCACCAUUUCUGUUGCUUGGGGAUGCUAUGCCACAUUUAAGAGCUAAAGCUCGACCUCCUCCUGGAUUUGCUUCACCGAAACCGAAUGAGGCUACUGACACACAAGGUAGUUUGAACUUGAGCGGUUAUGAGAAGCUUCAUGCAAGUUCAAAUGCUAUGGAUAUAAUGAAGAAUGAGCAGAGAUACAGGCCAGGAGAAGCUGAAAAUAGGUUUCUGGAGUCCCUAAUGUCUGGUAACCCAAAUGCAUCACCUCAUGAAAAAUUUGCUUUCCAUGAAGGUAUUCAGGGAAUGAAUUUUGAAAGACAAAAGUCGCUGCCUAAUUCUUACCCAUAUAGGCCGCCCGGGAGAGAUGCAUCUUUACUGCCUCAUAAUUCCGAUCUUAACCCAGACACCAUAAAUCCACACACAAUGCCCUUGUCUUCAAUAACUGAUACCUCUCGUUCACAGCCUCUCUCACAAAACAUGUUAUCAACUUUGCAAGGCUUGCAAGAUCGUGCUCCCCCUAGCUUUAAUAAUACCGGAGUCAGUGGGUGGCCAAAUCUCCCAGUCCAGUCUGGGCUGGAUCAUGCUCAGAAUUUCCCCUCCCAGGCUCCGUUUGGUUUUCAGCAACAGAGGAUGCUGCCUCAGAAUCAGCCGUCUUUAACAAGCUUACUUCCUCCUAAUAUCGAUAUUCCAUCUGCUCUAGUGAAUGCUGAAAAUUUACUCUCGUCUGGCCUUACGCAAGAUCAACAAAUGCUGAAUCUUUUGCUGCUGCAGCAGUUACAUUCUCAGUCUCCAGUUGCUCCUCAGCAAAUAUCACUGUUGGAUAAGCUCAUGUUGCUUAAGCAACAGCAAAAGCAGGAGGAGCAGCAGCAACUCUUAAGACAGCAGCAGCAACUUCUAUCACAGAUACUAUCAGACCGUCGCGUUAACCAACAACAUUAUAACGAGCAACAGCCUUAUGGAGAGUUGCAAUCGAACCUUCAAAUUGGUUCACAUAUACCAGUUACAAACAUGGAAGUACAACCACCUCCUAACAAUGUUGCUAUUGGUUCCAGUUUAUCCCAGAAUAUCAAUCAUAGUGUUGGAUCUGGAUCUUCUACACAUUUGCCUCAUCAGAUAUUUGAACAGACUGUACCAGAGAAAAACUGGGAUUCUGCCUUACCCACUCCCAGUGUGGCUGAUGUGGUCAACGUGUCAUAUGAGCUUCCACCAGAAAACUUCUAUAAUAUUCACGAACCUGCCAUCGCUGCAAUCUCCGAUGAAAAAUCUGUUGGUGGACUAAAGUCCGUGUCUGAUAAUAAAGAUGAAGCAGUAAAGGAAUUGGUUGAGGAAACACAGGUCACGAAAGUACAGCAGAAUUACGCUGAUGAUUCCUCUGUUAAUGAACUGAAAACUGCCGAAGCACGAAAAACUUCUGAGAAGAAAUCCAGAAAACAGAAGUCUUCCAAGGUACAACAAUCCUCCAGUGACCAAACUAAAGGCAUUUCAAAAGCAACUUUACAGCAAUCAAAGUCAUUGGACAAUGGUGCUGUUUCCAGUAUUAGUGCAGACAAUAAUGCACAAGAAACUACUGUCAAAGCUAUGGAUCCAAAAUAUGUCAAAGAUCCACUGUCUGAAAAUUUGGAGGCUAAGGGUGAGCCCAGUUUGUUUGAAUCUGAUGUACCGACUAUUGUUCAACAACAAUCUGUAACAAGGGCUUGGAGGCCUGCACCAGGUUUCAGGCCAAAAUCAUUAUUGGAAAUUCAAGAAGAAGAGCAAAGGAAUGCACAAAUGGCUAUUGAAACUAUGGAUUCUUCUGCAUCUGCUACUGCCGCCACCUCUCAUGGUUUCUCCACUCCUUGGGCUGGACUACUUGCCAAUUCAGAUAUCAAAACAGAUGGAGUUAGUACCGAUUUUCCAGACUUAGGAAUUUCUGAGAAUAAAAAAGGCCGGAAGAGUCAACUGCAUGAUCUUCUUUCAGGAGGAGAAGCUCCACACAACAACAACACCCGGCCGACAACGGUUAUUCAGUCUGAUUUGGUUGAUGAUGGUGAAUUUAUUGAAGCUAAAGAUACUAAGAAGGGUAGAAAGAAAUCUGCAAAAGCCAAGAAUGGAGCCAAGGCUUCUGUGCCUAUUGCAUCUGCAGAUGUUUCUAUCGGUGACAGAACCAAGACCACUCGUCAAACAGAACUAGAGAAGGAAGUCUUACCUGCAGUUCCUUCUGGACCUUCUUUAGGAGACUUUGUUCUCUGGAAAGGAGGAGAGUCUGCCAGCACAACUGUAGCCCCAGCUUGGUCCACUGAUACUGGAAAAGCUUCUAAACCCACAUCUUUAAGGGACAUCCUAAGGGAACAGGAGAAAAAAGGAUCUUCUGCUCAUCACCAGAUUCCAAUUCCGACUCCACAAAAAGCCUUGCCAACUCAAGUUAACCUAGGAAGUAACCCUUCAUGGUCUGCAUCUGCAACUUCUUCAGCAAAAGCUGCAUCUCCUAUCCCAAUGGUGGCCCGUUCUCCUGCUAAAUCAAAGCUUAAAGGAGAUGAUGAUUUAUUCUGGGGUCCUCUAGAUCAACCCAAGCAAGAAACAAAGAAUAUGGAUUUCCCUAUGCUUGCAAGUCAGGAUAGUUUUGGAACGAAAAAUGUUCCUGGAAAAGGAGGAGUGUCAGCAGUUGGGUCUUUGAGCCGACAGAAAAGUGCAAGCAAACGACCCUCUGAUAGUCGUCUUUCAUCGCCACCUUCUUUUAGUCCUUCUCUAAAAGGAAAAACAGAUGCCAUGAGUAAACAUUCGGAAGCCAUGGGCUUUAAGGAUUGGUGUGAAAGGGAAUCUACAAGGCUGCUUGGCUCAAAAGAUACAAGUUUUCUGGAAUUCUGCUCGAAGCAAUCAAAAUCAGAGGCCAAGGUGUUUCUGGUAGAGAAUCUCGGGGCAAUCGAUCGCAAUCACGAGUUCAUUGACAGGUUCAUCAACUACAUGGAGUUGCUACCAUCUGAUGUCCUAGAAAUGGCCUUCCAAAGUCAGAACAAUAGCAAGAAGGCUGCUGGCGGCGGUUUUAGUGGUGUGGAAAUGAAGUCUGGUAAUGCUACCAUUGUGGAUUCUGACAAUGGAGGCACCACCACCGCUGGUGGCGGCGGAGGGAAGAAGAAAGGGAAGAAGGGAAAGAAAGUGAGCGCGUCGGUUUUGGGAUUCAAUGUGGUGAGCAACAGGAUCAUGAUGGGAGAGAUUCAGAAUGUUGAGGAUUAGAGGUAUUGUUGUAUAUACUUUUUAUUGACAUUUUUCUUUUCUUUUUUGUAAAUGGGUCUAACUCUUUAGGCUUAUUUUUGGAGGUUUUGGUUCUCCUUUUAUAGAGAGAAGAGAGAAAAGGAUAGUGUUAGAUUAUGGAAGCUCUUUUUCUUUUUUUGGUUCUGUUUAACUCAGGCUAAUAUUUUGUGUUAUUUGGUACUAUUUUAUUUUGGUGCUUUUGGGAUUAUUAAGAAACAUCCUCAAAAUUUUGAAUUUUA